CCAUUUUUUUUUGACCACAUCCGAAUGCUCAUCAACGGCCAUCAGAGAAGAGCUCCCCAUCCUAUCCAGUGCCGCCCCCCGCAGUUAUAUUUGGCAGCUCUCCGAUCGCUCCCAAACUUCAGCCGCUACCUCCCGUCUCACCUCCGGCGUUCGGGUUCUCCAUCCGCCAACCACGUCGGAGCGUUUCCUCCCGCCAAGGGAAUGCUGUGAGGCCAUGGGCACCAUAGCCAGUGUAUCUACAGCCGCGUUCUAGGCAUUGCUGGAGGACUGAAAGAUGUGGUCUCCAUUCCAUGAACUUAAUGAGCUGUCCCGUGGUCAGCUAUAGCGGUGUUACAGUCUGGCUCGCUGUAGAAGAGAGCAUUCGACAUCGGAGGGUUUGCACAUGCAAGAUGUUUGAUGUUUGUUCCCAGCAGAGGAGGAGGGCAAGGCACCUGGUGGGUUUUGCCAAGAAGAGGAGGAGGCGUUCCAAGAGGCAGCAGCCUUGGUGGAAGGAGUGGUUCUCGGAUUGGAACGAUGAGGAAUACAACUUGGCUGGGUUGAGGGAGGACAAUGAAUUGUUCCAGGAGGUUGUUAAUGAUGAAGACCUGUUGGAGAAUGAGAAGUUUGAGAUGUGGAAGAGUAAGGCCGAGGCAAUUGUCGAGCUCCGGGAAGCCCAGAUGGAUGCUGAGAAUGCGGAAGGGCGUUCUUGGGAGGAUUGGAUCGGUUGGAGCAGCACCACAGGAGGUGGUGAUUGGGGUGGGGCUGGGAGCUUGUCGGACCAGAUAAGUGAUGAUCCGACAGAGAUAGUGAGAGAUAAAGGCAUCAUUGAAACUUUUAAGAACUCCAUUGAUGAAGAUUACAAUGACAUGCUGUUUGAGGACCAGGUUUUCAUAUACGCUUCUACAAACUCGGCCAAAUUUCUAGCAUUGCUGAUUGUGGUUCCGUGGGUGUUGGAUUUUCUAGUACACGACUAUGUUAUGAUGCCAUUUCUAGACAGGUAUGUCGAGAAGGUGCCACUUGCCGCUGAAAUCCUUGACGUAAGACGCAGCCAGAAGCUUCAGAUGAUAAAGGACCUAAAUAUUGAGAAAGCACGAUUCCGUUUUGAAGUAGAGAUUGGUAAAUCUCCUCCACUUUCUGAUGAGGAGUUCUGGUCAGAGUUGCGGGAAAAAGCGGUAGAGUUGAGGGAUGAAUGGAGAUUAGAAAACCGACAAGCAUUUGCAAAUAUCUGGUCUGAUAUGGUUUACGGGGUCACCCUAUUCCUUAUUAUGUACUUUAACCAGAGUAAAGUUGCAAUGCUGAAGUUCACUGGGUAUAAGUUGCUAAACAAUAUCUCGGACAGUGGCAAGGCCUUUCUUAUCAUUCUAGUGUCAGAUAUACUUCUGGGCUGCCCUAUCACAGGUACCAUUCAGAGGCAGGUUGGCAUUCGUUGGUAGAAAUCAUUCUUGAGCACUAUGGGCUUGAAACCGAUCAAGCUGCAGUCACCUUUUUCGUUUGUCUGGUUCCAGUCGCACUGGAUGUAUUUAUAAAGUUUUGGGUAUACAAAUACCUUCCAAGAUUAUCACCUAGUGUGGGCAACAUCUUGGAUGAAAUAAGGCGUCACUAGAGAAUUCUUUCCAUCAGGAGUUUUAGAUCCUUUUAGGGUAUUGCUAGGAGAAGUUGAUAUUCCAGGUUAGUCAACAGAUCAUUGGAGCUAGGAUUUCAACUAUGGAGGAACUGUUUUUCUGCGGACACCUUGGAGUCGGAAUGUGUGUCUAAUCAGUGAUCAAAUAUGAUUCUACUUGUCAUAGCUGGCAAUUUUAGAUGUCGCAUGAACCAGUUAUUAUUCUAAAAAUGUGUCAUGCUGAUUUUAUGCUAUAGUUACUCUCCAGGUAAAGAAAAAGAUUUUGCACCAUAGGUAUCCUAUAGGCAAAUGUGAUCUUUUAUUAUGAAGCCAAGUGGUUUUGGCCCCCAAAGUUCGCAUAUAAGGAAGAUCAUGUUUUUCAAUCUUCUGUUGUGAUUUCUGAAGCGGCUGCUGUAUAAUAUACACAAAGAACAGAUGCAGCAGGGUAACUUGGUCUUGCAUCACUCUCU